UUUAAUAAAGAAUAGACCAAAGUAGUUGUUAAGCCAGUUGGUACGUGUAGCAUUCUAGUAAUCAUGCUGCUCUUAUGUGAAGUUUUGUAGAAAGUGCUAUUGCAAGAGGAAAGAUGGGUUUUAGUGCAACAAAUACUCCAGGAAAAAUAAGUUUUCAUUUAAAAAAUGCUCCAUAUUUUAGUUUAUUAGCAUUAUUGUUAUUUGGGUUGAUUUUUUCUAAUUGUGUAAUUUAUUCACUUAAGCAAAAACAUUACAAACCUGUUGUGUUAGUGCAUGGUAUUUUAACAAACUAUACAACUAUAACAGAUUUAGCAGAUCGGAUAAGAGAAGUACAUCCAGGAACAGAAGUGUAUAUAACAAACCAGUAUGGUGGACUGUACAGCUUGGAACCUCUAUGGCGACAGGUUAAAUAUAUAGGCGAUGAAAUUAUGCAGAUUUGUGCUAUUAACCCUGAUGGAAUUCAUCUUAUUGGUUACUCCCAAGGAGGACUGAUAGCUCGGGGGAUACUGGAGAAGUUCCCGUAUCACAAUGUACAAAACUUCAUCUCCCUGAGUUCGCCCCAGGCUGGAGAGUAUGGAACGAAAUUCCUCCACAUCUUCUACCCUAACCAGGCGCUGAGGGAGGCGUAUGAGCUGUUCUAUUCGCACAUGGGACAGUUUAUAUCAGUGGGGAACUAUUGGAACGACCCGUUCCACCAGGAACUGUACUACAAGUACAGCCAGUUUCUGCCGUACAUCAACAACGAGGUUGAGGGCUACAGGGAUGAGGACUACAAGCGAGGCAUCACCAAGCUGAGACGGAUGGUCUUGAUCGGGGGACCGGACGAUGGCGUGAUCGCACCGUGGCAGUCCAGUCAGUUCGGCUUCUACGCUGACAAUGACACAGAUACUGUGGAGGACAUGAGGGACCGGGACAUCUACAAGCAGGACCUGUUCGGCCUGAGGACCCUGGACGAUGAGGGGAAACUGACAUUAUACUCUGUGGCAGGAGUCACCCACAGCAACUGGCACCGCAACCUCUCGGUCAUCGACAACUACAUCAUGCCCUGGCUCAGUUGAUGGUGGCGUUACUUAGUGACCUACAGUAAUACUCUCUUUCAUUGUCAGGUCAGGUUGAUUUUUGGGAGAAAUUGUAUGUUUGUAAGUACGUAAUUAUGUAAAGCAGCCAUUAUAGGUUGAUAUUCCAUUACUCGUAGCGGAUUCAGUCCAUUUGAAAUAAGUAACCGACUUACUGUAAACAUUUUGAGACCCUACAAAAUACUGUAAGCUGAUAAAGUAUUGAUUUUGAGAUUUAACGGCAAUGUCUAGAACUGAACGGAGCUUUCCUCUACUUUAUUUUAUAAUUAUGUUUUUCGGGGUUUAACCGUAUUCUCUGUUGUAAAAAUGGUGAAAACUUUCCUCUACAUCGGAUGUGGACUAGAAACAGCUUUUGCCAUGUCUAGAAAUAAACUACAUUAGUUAUACAACUGAAAAAGCUUAAAAUUUAUUUGUCAUAAAAUGACAACAAACAUCGCUUAUACAUGAACCCAAAAUAGCAAUGAACAUAUAUUAAAAAUACUCUAAAUAAUACAAAACAGUGAAUCAUUGCAUUUGUGAGGUAUACAAGAUAGUAAUCAGUUGCUGUGAUAUUGUUUCUCUUUUCAAUAUAGUUGUCAGGCUAUUAUUACAUUUCUCUAUGGCCUAUGGUAUACACAAAAGGUUUUCUAUGUAGCAUUUUAUUUAAGAGUUACAAGAGCUUUUUAAAAUAAGAAUUCCAUUAAGAAAAUCUUGGCAUUUACUAGGGUACCUUUAUUACUUUAGAAUAAUUCUUGUUUAUAUUAAAUUUUGGGAAAUAGUUAUUUUGAUGGUAUGUAUGUAGUUUGAUAAAGUGUAACAUACAACUUCCAAAGCAGGGUUUUUACUUGCAAAAACAAAUACCAAUAAUGUAUUUAACAGUAGUAAAUUUUGCACUUUACACAUCUGUAGUUAGUUUAGAACUUCUUGAGUACAAAAAGAAUUAUUAGUACAAAUUGGUACCACUUAGUUCAAUUGUUUAAUUCGUCUGUUAUUUUCAUUUUAUACGGUACUUCUAAACAGUUAUAUAAUAAAACAAAAAUUUGAAAACAUAAAAUCAUUAUCACCGCCAUCAUUGUUCCAGUAGUUGGUUACAUUUACUUUGUAUAUAGGUUUUCAUCAUACUUUGUCUUCCCAUCCUCUUUCAUCAAGAAUUUUACACUCAGAUUUCUCAUCACAAAAUACUGUCUCAUUUCGUCUGUUAUUUGGUUUAUUUACUUAUCGAUGUGUGGUAAUCAAUGCAUUAAAUGUAAUGAUACAGAUUACAAAAUAUUUGUUCCAAAGCAGUAAAAUCAUAGAAUCAUAGAAUUUUGAGGGUGAAAUAAAAACAUGCCUUUACUUGUAAGAUUAUAUUGUUAAUAAUAAGACUACAUUUUAAUUUUUUUAUUAUUUAAAUAAUGCAAUAAUGUAUCACUUUAAAUCCUUAAUUGCUCGUUAUGAAAUUAAACAACAUGGAUCUAGAUACUAUGAAUUAGAAUAUGUAUACUCAAUGUAACUUUUUGGUACUACGCUUCAAAUGAUUUUUAUAGUUUAGCGCUUUUGAUCUCAUUUUUAUUUUAUUUUUAACAGAGUUGUUUUUAAGUUGAACACAAAUUAUUAUUAAAUAUUUUUUUAAACAAUUUUAUUAUAUUUACUUGAACGAAACAUUUCAUACAUACACAUUCAUGAAUUAGGAUUUGGUGAAUUUUACACUAUAUUUUUGUAUUUUCUUAUAUAAUGCUUUUUAAUAAACAGUUAUACUUCUACUUUUUAGUUUACUUCAUACAUGCAUAAAAUAUUUACAGCAGGUUUAAAUUUGGUUGGAGUAUUUGAUUAUGAUAAUACAUACAUAUACAUUCUCUCCAUACAGAAGCAAAGACAAUAGCUCUGUUUACAAUUAUACUUUCCUAUUAUUUUUUUAAGUUAGAGACAUUAAACAAAUGAAACUAUUUAGUAGGCGAGUUUACUAGUUGCAUGAAUAAUAACAUUAUUUAUUAAUGACCGUUGUACUUUGUAAUAUUUAUAUUAAUUUUUAUAAUUCUUAGUCCAUAAAUGAGUAAUGUUAACUGAGUUAUCCCUUCUAAAUAUAUAACACAUAAAAAAAACACAUAGGGAAAAUGUUUUGUAUGAAUUUUAAGACAAACUGUAACAUGUCCUUCAAUCUUUGAAUAUUUAUGUAUAAAUUGCAUUGGAAUUUAUUUAAACUAUUUAUUAAUUCAGAACAGCUCUACACAAUGUGGCACACAUCACAAAAAGUGUCAAACAUUCCAAUUUUCUUAAUAUGUGUUGAGUAUUUUAGGAAAGUUUAAGCACUUCUGUAAUAUUGGAUUGAGUUUAAUUAAGUACUUUUUAAAUAGUAUAUGACCAUGAUUCCAGUGUCCGUACUAGCAAUAAUUGUUUGUGAAUAGAAUAAGAAAUUUAAUUUACUAGUCAUUUUAUUGCUAGUUCUAGAAUUAUAAUACCGUUAAAAUUUUAUAUUUUUCUAGUAUUUUUCAACCUUUGAUAUUGGUACUAUGCGUGUGUCUUCCUUGAAUUAAUAAUUGUUAUAAAACUUUAUUGUUGUGAUUGCAGUUUACAUUAAAUGAUUACAAAAUAAUAA